AUGAAAGUCAAAAUAUUGUCAAGAAAUCCAGAAAAUUAUCAACGGGAAACAAAAAAUGAUAUCUUCAAAGCGCCGAGAAAUUUCAACAUUCCUGAGGAUUCAUUUCGUAAUGUGGUCGAAUAUACAAGGGCCCUUAAUGCUGCCAAAUUAAAUAGAGUAUUUGCUCAACCUUUUAUUGCAAGCUUAGAUGGUCAUCACGAAGGCGUCAGCACUCUAACUAAACAUCCUUUAAGGUUGUCUACGUUCUUUUCUGGUGGCCGUGAUGGUGAAGUUAGAAUUUGGAAUAUACCACUGAAGCGAUGUUUGGCAACUGUUCAAGCACAUAGCACUCUUGUUAAUGGUAUUUCGGUGGAUGAGGUAGAGGGUUUGACCUUUGUGACGGUUGGACAUGACAGUCAUUUGAAAAUUUGGUCCUGUCCAGAACCGAUCGAUGGCAUUAAGUCAGAACCAGUGCAUUCUGUUGCUUUAGACGGGAUCGCAUAUUCAGUUUCCCACAUUGCUAAUUCAACAGAUUUCGCGCUUUGCGGCGAAGGUAUUCAAAUUUGGAAAUGCAAUCGCGGAUCCCCAAGUCAGAUUUAUAAUUUGGGUGCUGAUUCAAUUCACACCGUCAAGUGUAAUCCAACUGAAUCACCAGUUAUUGUCUGUUGCAGUAGUGAUAGGUCUAUAUUUCUUCUUGAUACGAGGCAGCGAUGCCCUUUGAAAAAGGUUACAAUGAAACUUCGUCCCAAUUCGAUUUGCUGGAAUCCUAUGGAGCCUUUCAUAUUCACCUGUGCGAAUGAAGAUUACAAUUUAUACACGUUCGAUAUGCGCAAUUUAUCACACCCUCGUCGUGUGCACACUGGGCAUACAAAUGCUGUAAUUGAUGUCGAUUAUUCACCAACUGGUACAGAGUUUGUAUCUGGAAGUUAUGAUCGUUCUUUGCGAAUAUUUCCUGUAGAAUCGCAUGCAAGCAGGGAAGUAUAUCACACAAAACGCAUGCAGCAAGUACUUUCUGUAUUGUGGUCCCUGGACAACAAAUUCGUUCUUUCUGGUUCAGACGAAAUGAAUAUUCGUAUAUGGAAAGCAAACGCAAGUGAAAAACUUGGGCCGCUUCGACCCAGAGAACGAAGUGCAUUUCAGUACAAUGCUCGUUUGUUAGAAAUUUACGGUGAACAUCCUCAGAUUCGAAAAAUUUACAAACGUCGUUUCGUGCCAAAAUCUAUUUACAGUGCUAUGAAGGAACAUAAAGCCAUUAAAUUAUCACAGCGUCGAAAAGAAGAAAAUAGAAGACAACAUUCAAAAGAAGGUGCAGUACCUUACGUUGCUGAAAUUCAUAAGCAUAUGGCUUAG